UACUAACCCCGCCCGCCUUGGAAAGAAUUAACCAAGACCGCAUAUUCCAACUCCGCCGUCAAUUCCAUCUGCUCCGCCGAUUUCCAUCCCAAAAUCGGUUUGGUGGUCUUCGAUCAAAGAUGAGCUCUUCCGCCAACUUAAUGUCCCCCAACCGCUGUCCGCUCUCACCGGCAGCCCACAGCCGCCGCAGCCCAGCCAAUUUCCUCCACCGAAGCCGGAAUUUCCCGAUCCCGCCGCGCAACGCCGGCGAAAAAGUCGCGGUGUGCCUCAGCGGGAAGCCGCCCAAAUCGGAUGAAUCCGGCGGCGGAGAACGGAGCGGAGAGGUGAUGGCCGAGUCUGCGAAGUACCUUGUGGGGACUUAUGACAGAGCUCCGCUGGUACUGGCCAGUGGCAAAGGGUGUAAAUUGACGGAUGUUGAUGGGCGGGAGUACUUGGAUCUCACCUCCGGGAUCGCCGUCAAUGCCCUUGGCCACGGCGAUCCGGACUUUGUCCGGGCGGUUUCCGACCAGAUUGCCACACUCACCCACGUCAGCAAUAUGUAUCAUUCACUUCCGCAGGUAGAACUGGCAAAACGUCUGGUCAGCUGCUCCUUCGCUGACCGUGUUUUCUUCUCGAAUUCCGGAACCGAAGCGAACGAAGCCGCAAUCAAGUUUGCGAGGAAGUUCCAGAGGUUUUCGCGCCCGGACAACCCUCCCUUGGAGUUCAUUGCCUUCUCCAAUUGCUUCCAUGGGAGGACCAUGGGCGCGGUUGCCCUGACGAGCAAAGAGCAAUACAGAGCUCCAUUUGAGCCUGUCAUGCCCGGAGUCACUUUCUUAAAAUACGGCAAUGUUGAGGAGGCGACGGAGCUGAUUGAGAGUGGGAGAAUCGCCGCGGUCUUUGUGGAGCCGGUCCAGGGUGAAGGGGGCAUAUACAGUGCUGCCAAAGAGUUUUUACGAGCCCUUCGUGCUUCUUGUGAUAAGGCUGGCUCGCUUCUUGUGUUUGAUGAGAUUCAAUGUGGCUUGGGACGAACCGGUUAUCUAUGGGCUCACGAACCGUAUGGCAUAUACCCAGAUAUAAUGACACUAGCCAAGCCGCUAGCGGGAGGCCUGCCUAUCGGAGCCGUGCUGGUGACGGAAAAGGUUGCCGCUGCCAUAAACUACGGAGAUCACGGCAGCACAUUUGCAGGUGGGCCCCUGAUCUGCAACGCUGCGGUUGCGGUCCUCGACAAGAUUUCGAAACCGGAAUUCCUGUCUAGCGUUUCCCAAAAAGGACGGCAUUUCAAGGAGUUGCUGGGGAAGAAGGUGGCAGGGAACAUGCAUGUGAAGGAGGUGAGGGGAUCGGGUCUGAUCGUCGGCAUAGAACUCGACGUGAAGGCAGGGCCAUUCGUGGAGGCGUGCCGGCGGUCGGGCCUGCUGGUUUUGACCGCCGGGAAAGGGAAUGUGGUGAGGCUAGUGCCGCCUCUGGUCAUCUCCGAGGAAGAAUUGGAGAUUGCUGCUGACAUUAUAGCUGCCUGUUUGCCUGUCUUGGACCACAACACCUAAUUUCUAUGGUGUGACCUUGUUUAUGUACCACUUGCUUUCUGUCUUAUUUAUGAUGACAAAAUUGGUAUUUCCCCACUGUAUCAAAAUAAAGUCUCUUUAUUAUUUUAGUUGUUCUUAAGAUACAAAAUACAAAAAAGUUGGUAGAAAUUGGCCAAAUAUUUGUGGGAUAAAUUGCUGUUUUUUUA